CGCACGUCACAAAAGGUUGUUUUUCCCUCACAAUGAGAGUAUGUUGUGUAAGAAAUAGGUAAAAUGCAUAUAAACGAACAGCGAGCGAGAAAACACGGCGAUAACACGGCAGGAGUAAAAUGAAUUGCAAAUUUAAGCACGCCUGGACACUCAUAGCUCUAAUAGCGGACGCAAUGAAACCGGUUAACGUUCAGUUUGCAAUGCCAAUGUAUCCACCACCCCCGCCGCCAAUAUUUGCUAUACCAGCAUUGCCAGCUCCCAUGCCAAUAAUUGCACAACCAUGUCCGAUACCAGAAGAAAUGCUACCUUCAAAGACUACCACAACGACUACGACAACAAAAAAGCCUGAGAGAAUUGCUAUAGCCGUGCCUGUGCCAAUGCCAGUGCCAGUGGGUGUUCCAGUAUUUGCCCCGCCCAAUUACUGCCAAGGCUCACCACCGAGGCCAAAAAACUGCCCUCCAUGCCCGCCGUGUGUUUGUAACCCAUCUUGUACGCCAUCAUUCUUCUCAUACUGUUCUCCGUGCCAUAUGAAAUGUAGAUGUAGAAGUAAAGAAGAUGCACCGGAACCUUUGCCUAGCAGACCAGCACCGGUUCCAGCAUAUGGUAUGCCUGUUCCAAUGCCUGUUAUGGGUCCACCGCCUGUUGUAGUCGUCCCUUUCCCUCCUCCAAUACCAGUACCGGUACGGUCACCAAACCGGGACAAGUACAAAAGACCAAAAAGAGGACGGAAAAGUUCCUUAUGCUCUGAAGACUCAACCGAAUCUAGUAGCAGCAGCGAAUCUGACUAUAUUAGACGACGAAGAUAUAAAAAAAGGAAACGAUACGGAUUUAGAAGAAAUCUACGGAAUUCAGACAGUGAAAAUGAGUUAGUGAAACCGAUGCUUAGCUACAUUGCUAAGAAUGGUGAUGUUAAAUUUAAAACUGAGAUUAGUGAAGACGAUGUUGCAGAGUUACUUGAGGAAAAUGAAUUCGUCGAUAAAAAAUAUGAAACAGUGCAAGUGACAACCGGUGAAGACGAAAACAAUAGACCCAAUGUUGUGGUCGUUUCCAGAAAUAGUGAAAAAAGAAAACCUGAGCGUUACAAGAAAGUUUUAUUAAGAGGAGGAACGUCACACCACGUUUUAGAAAGUGGCAAGAAAGAGUUAAUUUUUAGACCUCCGGGUGAAAAGAAAAUCAGUAAUUUGUCAGUAUCUUUUCAAAUAAUAUAA